CUGGGCUGCCUUCUGCCUACGCCGCUACUGCCUACGACUGCUAUUGGGUUACGUUAGGACACCGGCCGGCUGGGCAGGUGGGACUCCCUUCCCGCCGUCUUCCCGGCGAUGGGCUCAGACUGGAGCAGCCCCGAAGAGCGGGAACCCCUCCUGCAACAGCCGCCGCCGCUGCCUCCCGCGGUGCCCCGGCAGUAUCCUCAUCAUGGCCAGACGAGGAGGGCGGCGGCAGGGGUGGCAGCGCGGGUGGCGCCCCGGGGCCGAGGUCUGCCUCCGGCAAGGCCUUCGCCGAGCCUCUCGCCCACGCCGGGCCGCGUCUACGGCCGGCGCUGGCUGGUGCUGCUGCUCUUCUCGCUGCUGGCCUUCGUGCAGGGCCUGGUGUGGAACACUUGGGGCCCCAUCCAGAACUCGGCCCGCCAGGCCUUCGCCUUCUCCGGUUUGGAUAUCGCCCUACUCGUCUUCUGGGGACCCAUCGGCUUCGUGCCCUGCUUCGCCUUCAUGUGGCUCAUGGACAAGAAGGGCCUCCGGAUCACUGUGUUGUUAACAUCAUCUCUCAUGGUGGUUGGAGCUGGCCUGAGAUGUGUUCCUGUAUCAGACCAAGUAACAAGGAAAUGGCUGAUUCAUGGAGGGCAGCUGUUGAACGGAUUGGCAGGCCCAACUGUGAGCAGUGCUGCUCCGUUCCUUUCCACUACGUGGUUUUCACCAGAUGAGCGUGCCACCGCCACAGCUGUUGCAUCGUUGAUUAGUUACUUUGGUGGAGCAUGUGCAUUUUUAGUAGGACCUUUGGUGGUUCCAGGGCCGAAUGGCACAUCUACAAUUCCACUUCCACCUGGAAGCAGCUCUGAACAUAUAAAGGACCGGAUUGAGGCUGUAUUAUAUGCAGAAUUUGGCAUUGUGGCUCUGAUAUUCUCUGCAGCACUAGCCUACUUCCCAUCACGCCCUCCAUUUCCACCCAGUGUGGCUGCAGCUAGCCAGAGGCUCAGCUAUAGAAGAAGUUUUUGUAGGCUAUUAAGCAAUCCCCGGUUUCUGAUGAUUGCGCUAGCCUAUGCUAUACCAUUGGGUGUUUUCUCUGGGUGGUCUGGUGUUCUAGACUGGGUAUUAACCCCAGCUCACAUAAGCCAAGUAGAUGCGGGUUGGAUUGGAUUUUGGUCCAUUGUAGGAGGCUGUGUAUUUGGCAUAGCACUGGCAAGGUUUGCUGAUUUUAUCAGAGGAAUGCUGAAACUUAUACUUCUCCUGUUAUUGUCAGGAGCAACUUUGUCAUCCAUCUGGUUCACUUUGACAUGUUUAACAACCAUCAUUCACCUUCCUGUAACUACAGCCACAUUGUACACAUCCUGCAUUUUGCUGGGAGUCUUCCUGAACAGCAGUGUACCUAUAUUCUUCGAACUUUUUGUGGAGACAGUCUACCCAGUUCCAGAAGGGAUUACCUGCGGCGUGGUCACCUUCCUAAGCAACAUGUUCAUGGGAGUCCUUUUAUUUUUUCUUUCUUUCUACCAUGAUGAGUUCUCUUGGUUUAACUGGUGCCUCCCAGGAUCCUGUUUGUUAAGUCUUCUGCUCAUUCUGUGCUUCAGGGAAUCCUACGACAGACUUUAUCUCGAUGUCAUCGUCUCAGUUUGAUAGCACAAAACAGAAGUGAGUUCAGGAGGAAGAUGGAAGCAGGCAUUGUGCUUGGCUGUUUCCGUGGAAAUUGUAUAGCCAAAAGAUUGCAGUAGAAGCUGCAGAAUUUAACAUGGACAUUUUAACUGAAUUUUUAAAGUACACUUCCUAACUUGUUGUUUUAUUGUUUGCAUUAUUAUGAGUCAGUCUUGUACAGGAAUGGGAAUUAGAUUAUUUCAAGAGUAUGUGUGUCAGGGAGAAAUUCUAGUUUAUAAACUGUGAUAUUUUAUUUAAUAAGCUAUUUAAUUGGUUAUACAAGUUUUGUGCCAACUCAAACUGCUUACAUGAGAAGCAUAAUAGCAAUAUCAUCUCAUUGAGGGCUUAAAGGUGAGACUUCAAUCCAUUUUUAAAAAAGAAUCUGUUUUUUGCAGCUUGAAGAAUCUGAUGAAAAUUCUCAUGAUCCCAGAUUUUUCUUGCUUUUUAAUAUUGUAUCCCUUAUGGUUGCAUGAAAAGAAUAGUGCUACUGUGAUGGCAGUGAUUUUCACCAUAGUUGUCAGGAUUGAUCAACUUGCUGGUCCCUCACUUUGAGCCAUUUACCUUCUGUCCAAAAUGGGAAUCAUAGCUAGACCUAAUUUGCCCUUUGAAGACAUUGGAUUUUAAAAUAACUAUGGUUAAAUUUUAAAAUUCCAUAUAAAUGUCUUAGCAUGCCUCUGUUUACUAAUGAAGCCAUUUCUUAUGUUUGAUUUUUUUUUACCUAAGGGUUAACUGUGGUUAAAGUGCUCUUAUUCUCCCCCCCCCUUUGCUUCUUGACACACUGAAAGGUCUCGUGGCAAUUGGUGCUAUCCAUUCAGUUAUGUCUAAAACAUUUGUAUUUAAUUACCUUUCAGUGCAAUUCUAUACAUGUCUAUGCAGAAGUAAGCCCCAUUGAGUUCAAUGAGGCUUACUUUCAAGUCAGUGAGUAUAGGAUUGCAGCCUCAGUAUAGGAAAUGUUGUCAAGGAUUGGUAACUCUUAGGAAACACUGAUUUCAUUAAGGAUCUGUACUGAACAACUCUUCUAUACCCUUUCCUGGGUAUUUCUUGAUUCCGUUCUCCCACCCAAACAAUGCAAGCCCUCCUUCCAAAGUUUUACCAAUCUGAUUCAAAAGAGAGUAUAGAUUUUCUGUUACAGCACGAAUGGGAAAUACAUGACCUACAGCUGCAUGCAGAUCCCUGUCCUUUUGUGCCAGACCCACACCACUAAAAUUCGGGGGCAUUAGGGCAGGGGAAUAUAUAGUUUGCCACUGAAUAUUGGUAGGAAACUGCUACAGAGCCUUUUAAGGCUCUGUAGCAGAGAUGCUAUCAUCUAUAUGUUUUUAAUUUUAUUUAUGCUGUCAGCAGGUGUGCGGACUGGGGGGGGGUAGAAAGUGGCUCUGAUCCCCCCAGCAUUACCCACCCUUGUGUUAUAGGUAAUGUCUCUCUUCAGGCUGUUUUAUAAUUUAAAGGGUGCCUAUCACAUUUGGUAGUUUUGUUUCCAAAUAGCUAUUUAACAGUGAAUUUUUCAGGUGCUCUUGAGUGGUAAAAUUAAAUAAGGAAUCAAAUGGUGACUUCAGAGCCUUCAAGUUCUGAACUUUAGCAUAACCUGGAAAAAUGCCAUGCCAGUUAUACUACUCCCAUACACUCUGUACUAUGAGGAAUAUCCUACCUUUGGCUUCAUUUUCCAAAUCUUUUGGAAUUGUUUUUACAAAAACUCACAAGCUCAUGGUUUGCAACAAAUCCAAAGGAAGUUGUACCUUGCCAAUACAGGCUGCCUUUAUCAAUGUGGUUCAUUUCAAACAGCCCUAUGUUUACUAAAUUUUAGCCAGCAUGAUUCUCUUUCAACACUAAUAUUUCAAGUUUCUUUAUCUAGCUUUCUUACAGGCCUGCUUAAUAUUGAUUACACUUUUUAAUCCUGACUUUGUUCUCUUUGGGGGCAGUGUAGGUCUCUCUGUAGCACAUUUCUGUUGCAUUUCAUAGUUAGAAGUUUCUAACAAUAUAUCAGUCCCAUUAACCAUUAGAAAAGCAAUCUCUUCAGGAAAUGAAAUAGUUUGCACAAUACAUUUGAGCCAUAGGAUUAAUGCAGUGAUUGGGGGGAGGGGGGAGAGGGGGGGACAAUCACAUAGCCCAUCUUACCCAGGAGCAUUUGAGGAUGUUGGCAUGUAAUAUUCUGCUUCAGUGAGAACUCUGAAUUGGAUACAUCUCACUCCUUCAAGGCAUUCCAUUCUGCCACUCCAGAUUCAUUUUGCCAUUGUAAUUCAGAAAUUAAGUGAUAUUUUUCUGUGUGUUCUAUUCUGACAUUCAUUCUAUUCUGUAGAUACCUGAAUUUCCCCUCAAAUUUGCAUUAGGAGCUAUAAUUAUUGGUUAAUCAUUUUAUAGAGUUAGUGUUUUUUGUUAUUGGUACCAUCUUGUAUACCAUAGACACUAUGGCAUAGUGGAUGAUAGGAUAUGAAUGCUUCCCUUGGAGGUACCUUUCCCACAAGACAUGUAGCCAUUUUAGUUUGUUAUAUAAGGUAAUUCUGAGUUCACUUCACUUAUAGGCAAGCUCUUCUCUACUUAGUUAGCAGGGUGCCUCAUAGCUCUAGCUGUGUAACCCUCUGCUUGGAUGCAACAGCUACAAGAAGGGAGAAGGUUAGGUUGCCGACAGAAAUGGGCUUCACCCACUUCACACCCUUUCAAUGGUCAAUCUCUGUUUCAGUAUGAAAAGCUAUUAUGAGACUGUAGAGUACCCUCAAGGUUUUGUCUGAGAGCAAUGCCAACUUAGCGCAUCCUGUUCCCAAACAGGUCAAGGCUGUACCUCUUUUGGCCAUCAUAGGGCUAUCCAGUAGAAUUAAAAUACAGUCCAAGGGAUAUAUGAGAUUUUCAUUUUUACUCGCAAUACAUGUGAGCAUGCCCGUUGGAAGCCCCGAACGUGAGUAUGAACAGGUAUCUGCGAAAGGUAUUUGGAAAUUGUCAAACACAUGCUCACAUUUGUCUCUUUCCCAAUUCCCCGUGUGAUUUGUGCAAAUUUCCUCAAUAUAGUGAAUCAGCCCUGCUUUUGUCUAAGGAGGAAAUUUGAGCAAAUUUGGGGAGAUUUGCGAGCAGCGAUUGCAAACAGGAAGCAGGUGCGAGACAAUGUUCAGAGGACCCUAGCAAUCUCGAAUAUCACUUAUUAGGCCAUCCCUAUGGAGACCUUCAUUAGAAGCAGAAAAUAUUUUGUUGCACAUAUAUCCCGUUUAGCUGUCACAGUAUUUGUUUUGCAUCAGCUAAAAUUGGUCCUUAGAAUCAGGUUAAAUGUUCCCUUGGAUUAAGCUUUCAGAGGAUAUCUUCCUAUUAGCUUACUUUGUCAUUUUCAAGUUAUUUCUCACUGUUGAGGUUACAAGGAAAGAAACUCGCUAACUGCAACAUCUGUGCACUUUUAAUCUGCUGAUAAAUAACUCCACAGCCCUGAGAAAUUAAAUAUAAACAUUUCAAGUUAUUAAUCAGCUGCUGACACUUCAUGCACAGGUUCCUAAUUUUUCACUGGCUCCCCUGGAAUUUUUAUUGGAUAACAAUAGCCAUCUAUCCUAUCUAAUUUCAGCUGCAGUGUGUCAUCCCUUAUGGACAAUGACCAGUUGAAAAUUUGGUAAUUUAAAAGUGCAAUUAUAAAUGGUUCUGAACUGACUAGCACACUCUCAACAAAGCUUAAUCUCUCCUGGCUUUAAAGUUCUCCAAAACAAGAAGAAUUAGUACAGUAUGCCUUAAUUCAUUCAUAGAAUUCAUUCUUUAUUAACUCCUACUCCAAAUUUAUAGUAUGAAUAUGUACUGCUGAUAUGGAAAAUUAUGUCAAAGGACGAAAAUUGCUCUAGUUUGUUAUUUUAUUUUUCUUUGUGAGCUUAUUCUAGGACCAUAUUUGUCCAUUAUAAAUAGUGAAUAUAUGGGUGUUUAUAGAUCAUGGGUGGGAACCUUUGCCCCCAGAUAUUGGAAUACAAUUCUCAUCAGCUCCAGCCAACAUGACCAAUGGUCACUGAUGAUGGGAAUUGUAGUCCAACAACUUCUGGACUUCAGGCUUCCCACCCCUGUGAUAGAUGUUGAAUUAGAGUUGGUACUAAUUUAAAAAGGAGACAAAUAUAAUCUUUAUGGCAGAGGUGGGCAACACAUGGACUGUUGGCCACAUGCAGCCCCCCCCCCGUGCCACCAAGUUGA